AUGCUUUGUGAAAGUUCAGGAGUUUUGGUGACGGGUGCAUCAGGCUACAUUGCGUCUCACAUAGUACAGCAGUUGCUGGAGAGGGACUAUGCAGUGCGAGGCACAGUAAGGAGCCUGGGGAAUGAGGCUAGGAUCCAGCAUCUGAAGGAGCUAUGCCCUGAUGCAACCCAUAAGCUGGAGCUAGUGGAGGCAGACCUGGAGAAUGAGGAGUCAUGGAAGAGUGCUGUAGAUGGCUGUUCCUAUGUCCUUCAUACAGCGAGCCCAUUCCCCCUAGCCAUCCCAAACAACGAGAAUGAUGUCAUCAACCCAGCAGUAGAGGGCGUCACUAACGUGCUCAAGGCGGUUGCAGCCAACGGGAAAGUCAAACGAGUGGUGGUGACAAGCGCGGGAUUGGCUAUCUGUGGUAAUCUAUCAAACAAGGAAUACAGUGAGAAGGAUUGGCCAGAUAAUGUUGAUGGUUUGCUCCCCUAUCCAAAGAGUAAAACACUUGCAGAGAAAGCAGCCUGGGACUUUGUAGAAAAUCUUAAAGAUGAGGAGAAGUUUGAGCUUGUUGUGGUGCAUCCUGUCGGCGUUGUUGGCCCCAUUCUAAGCCGGAAUGCAUCAACUAGUACAGAGGUCAUCAAGAGACUUCUUCUCAGGAACCCGUUCCUCCUACCCAAGGUCAACCUUCCUCUAGUAGAUGUCCGUGAUGUCGCAGCAGGUCACAUCGCAGCAAUGAAAUGCCCCGAAGCAGCUGGUAACAGACAUAUUUUAUGCGGUGGAAACAUGUGGUGGAACGAAAUGGGAUCAGUAUUAAGAGCAGAGUUCAAAUCACAAGGUUACAAUGUUCCUACCAUGUUAUCACCAAAGAUCUUCAUCCGCAUGGCAAGUCCGUUCAUGAAAGAGACAAAGAUGAUUCUCCCAAUUUGGAAUAAAGUCUCUAAAUUUGAUAACACAAGGAUGGUAGAGGUCUUGAAGAUCCAACCUAGAGAUCUGAAGGCAUCUUUGAUAGACAUGGCUUACAGCUUGAUUGAAGCUGGUAUCGUCAAAAAGACUCCCAAAUACAGAGGCCCAGGAGGGGUGGAGCCUGUUGCUAAUGGUGAUGGGGAAGUCCCUGCUGUUGCGGCCAAUGGUCCAACCACAGAGGGGGAGAGUAAACCAGAGGAGACCAAAACAGAAGAGAAAACAGAUGAGAAAGAAGAAGGAGCAAAGGAAGAACCCAAGUCAGAAGAACCAGCAGCGAAUGCCGCCGCCACCGACAGUACACCGGCAGAGAAGACCGAAGAUAAACCAGCUGAUGAGGAAUCAACACCGGCUGAAACACCAGCAGAAGCACCUGCUAAAACACCCGCAGAAACCUCAACAGAGGCACCAGCAGAGACUAAAGAAGAAACACCGGUAGAGGCACCGACAGAGACGCCGGCUGAAGACAAUGAAAAGGCACCUGAGACUCUAGCAGAGAAGACAGAAGAUACUAAGCCAGCAGCUGAGGAGAACAAAGAGGAUAAGAAGGACGAGACUGAGGCAACCGAAUAAACACAGAGGGAUGAAUUCCAGCACCAAUAAAGAAAUGGAUUUUAUGAAACCUCACAUCAUCAUCAAUCGAUGAUAUCGCUCAUCUUGUAUAUUUCUUCAUUUUCAUCGACUCUCGCCUGUCAGAUCAAAUCAUUCUGCAAAGAACAAAGUGUUUGUGAAUUUAGAUUUAAAUCACACAUUCAAAACAAUUCCUUAUAUGUCAUUCAGGGUGGAAAUUUUCAUAUUAUAAUAAUAAUAAUAAAGUCAUAUUCUACCCAGGGAAGCCCUGCUUAACAUGAUGUUAUUAUUACCCUGGCUUUAGCAAGGCUACCUUGAUAUUGGCCCAUCGGAUCAAAUUACUUCGCAAAGAACAAAGUGUUUGCGAAUUGAAAUAUUAAAUCUUCAAGACAAUUUCUUCUUUGCAAGUUAAGGCUGAAAAUAUAAUAAUUCCAGCAUCAUUGUGGUCCCAUCGCAUUUUUAUCUUGCCUGGAAUAUUAUAAGCCCACUAAAUCGUUGACUAUCAGUUUUACAUAUUUGUAAUCAGAGCUAUUAGGCACAUUUGAAUGUAUUAAUCAAUGGAAUGUAAUUGUAUCUCUUUUAUAUAUACAUGUAUGUAUAUAAAAAAAAGGAGAAAAUUAAGAAAAACACACAGAUAUUUUUAAGACUAGUGGACUCCCUUGAUAAAGAGUUCAUUUAUACCACUGAUCCUUGACCUCCAAUUGUUGUUGUUUUCUUUUUAAUGAUUAUUGCACAUCUUUGAAAGUGGAUCAUCAGAGAUUUAGGGCACUUUGAUACACCUGCAAGGCUGUUUUCCCGUAAUACAAUAUUUCAUAUUGAACUAUUUGUUUGCAGGUACUUUAUAUGUAGUACGUAUUUACAAUGGUUGACUUCUAAAUUACACAUAAUGGUGCUUCUAUUUCAGCGUUAAAAGGAAUUCUGACUUUUUGCAACAUAUUUUCAGCAAUUGAAAACAGCUGGACCCUGUUGCAUGAAAGUUUCUGACUUGGAGACCUUGUCAUCCAAUGAUAACUAGGCCUACCAUAGUGAUCAUGCCAAUCAGCCAAUCAAAAUCAAGGAUUCCAUUACCGUUUGAUAGAAAAACUACCAUGAUACUAACCUUUAUGAACAGUCUCAUGUUUCAAAAGUGCCCAUUUCUUAAUAAGUUUUGUACUUUUUCAUCAUUUCCAAGUGGCAUUCCUUAUAGAUGACUCCACCGUUUCUUCAAACUGACCAAUUUAGCAAGUCACUUUUGAGUUCCCUAGAUUCCAUGUUUCAUAUAUUAUCUUGGAAGAUAUCUGAGACCAAUGUUAUUUCCUUAUAUUCUGUUUCAUUGAUGAACUUCAAAUGUAUCGUUUAUGAUUUAAUUCCAUAUGUAUUUUGCAUUUUCAGAUUAAAUUCAUAACCUUUAUAUUUAUAUUUAUUAUUGCUAAGAUAUGAGACCAAUUAAUUAUUGUAUUUCUACUUUGAAUAUACUUGAAUUUCAAAAUGAUCAGUUAGAUCAUUCACUGAUUUAAAGAUGUUUGGCUUCCAUUUUCUGUGUUGAUGUUGUUUUGUUCUCAGUUUCUUUCAAGCAUUUUACAAAGCAUCUAACAUAAUACUUGGAUUCUCAGUUCAAUAAUCAUUUCUUGCCUUUGUGAUAAGACUUUAGUACCGUACUCCAGCCCAUUUCAUGAAACAUCUUUUUAAUGACUUUCACUGGCAUAUUUUGCUCUCAGCCAAUCAUAUGCAAGGAUUUCAAUAGCUUAUAACAUAUUUCAUUGUGAAAACCACUGCAUUAUGAGUUCUCUUUUGAUUCCCAUCAGACUUUUACAAGGGAUUAUUCAUGAAGUGAUUUGUAAAUAGUUUUCAAUGAUGAUUUGUUGUAAGCUACUGAAACUCUUGCAUCUGAUUGGUGGAGAGCAAGUCAGUAUGAAAAAAUUGCAGACAAGGUGCCUCGUGAACCGGUCCCCUGCCUUUCACAGGACAGAUUUAAGAGAAGUUCUAAUGUUGCUGUUUUACUUAUAAACGUUUUAAUACUAUAAAAAACAACCCAAAACAUAGGGUACUAAAAUGAACAAAAUGUUGAAAUUAACAAGUAUUUUCAUUUCUUAUGGUGAUUCAAUAUUCAGAUGGGAAUACAUUUUUUCUUGUUAUUAAUUUUAGACGUCCAUUUUUAACUGUUACCUGCUGCACUUCAGCAUUUCAAAUUUGAUUAUAUUUUGCAUUGACUGUACUGCUUCAUAAAUGUAAAUUGAAGUUAUCGAGGAGCUCCUUAUCAUUCAGUAAUAAGAUCGCUGUAUCUAUUUCUAUAUCCAAUUAUACAUUGUUCUUUUAUUAUUUGUAUUGACAUUCAUAUGAGUAUUUAAGUAUUAUUUAUGUUUGCGUAUUAAACAAGUUCAGUCUUGUGUUUUAUUAAAUAACUAUUCAGUACAAGGUAUUUAUUAUUGUUUUGUAUUCACAAUAUUUUGCAUAAUCAUGGAUAUAAAUUGAUAUGGCUUGUAAUGUAUGUAUUUGUUCAUAUUAUUUUAUGCUCCCUACUUGGCGCUGGUUUCUCUUAUUUAAUGAUUUUAUUUCUGAAAUUGCUUAAAAUGGGACUUGCCUUAAUAUGUGUUCCAGUUGAUAAGUUUGAAAGUAUUAUGAUAUUUUGAGUACUGGUAUCUUUAUUUUGCUACAUCUAAAAUGAUGAUGAAAUACAUCUCAUUUUUAAACUUUAUGCAUUUUAGAUCUUUAGAAAUAAGUUCGUUUGUAUUUGUUAAAGCUAAUUUGGAAACAACUAUGAAAGAGGUGUCAUGGCAAAUAUUGCAUUUAGUAUAAUUUUUAAACAAUAUUAAUAUACAUCUGAAUAAUGGAUAUAGUCUUGGAAUGAAGAUUUGAUUUUAAUGAAUUAGGACUAUAAAGUUUGAAAACAAUUUUGAUAAUUUAUUGAUAAUCAUGAGCAUUGGUUCAACCAGUAACUUUUCACUCUUUUCUUGAAAUGAUGUAAAGAUAGUGUGUUAUGUAAAUAUGCUUGAUAAUGUGCUCCAUGCUUUCGAUGUGCUACACGUUUUUAAGCAAACAGGGAAAAUUAUUAUGUGCAAACAAAACACUGACAGUAUUUGAAUAUGCUCUAUGCAUCAUCUUUCUUUAACCCAUCUUGCCUUUUUUAUGCUAUUGUGUCUUGUAAUAUGGUCAGUAAAACAAUGAUGUUUCAACAUUGCAAAUGCCCAUGUACAUGUCGUAUCUAAUUACAGCUAGCGUCAUUCCAUGUCCACACUGCGAUAGAACUUUCCGGGCGCAGAUUGGCCUGACCAGUCAUCUGCGCACCCAUAGAACUCACCCAUGCAAUCCAAGGACGGCUAGACGGUCCUUGACGUUCCCGGCGGACGAACAACAGUGAAGGAUAAGGAGAGAGGGAAUUUCUUGUCUUAUUUGCUGAAGGACUUAACAAAAUUAAUGGCAUUGCAAUCUUGUUUUAUAGUAUUAUGUAUUUCAAAUGAAAACAGAAAAUAAGAUAUCAAAAGUAAAUGAAUGGGGAAUGUUUGAAAUGAAUUGGGGAGGGGAGGGCGCUUCCACUUUUCAAUUAAAUUUGUAUAUUAUUAAACAUAAAAAUGAAAGUGAACAACUGAUGGUGAUUUUUGGUCAGCCACCCCCCCCCCCCCCCCCAUUUAAAACUGUUGUGUCGCCCCUACAACUUGGUGCAAUAUGAGCUACAUAACCUGACAACUGCUUUUUAUCAUUAAGACGGAUUUGAGGAAGAGAAAGAGAAGACAGAGUUUGGAGUUGAAUGAUUUCAAUUUAAAAAAUUUCACUAUAGCAUGAGGUGGCAAGACCUAUUGAAACUCAGUGGUCUUAAGAGAGAGAGGAAAAAAAACAGUCUCACAAACAUUUCUGCAUCCUGUUAUUGGUUGAUAAUUAUCAGGAAGUUAAUUUGGCAAAUAAGACAGUUUUGUGAAUUUUGAUUUUUUUAAAGACUAAACAACCAAGUUUGGCUCCUAACAGAUAACCCUCCCUGGUUAUUUAUGAAUAGGAAGCAGGUCAGGGUUAGAUUCUUUAGAUUCUUUCCAUUUGGUAUUGGUAAUUAUGGACCAAUUCUAGGGGGUGCAGAACAGUUUUAAGAGGAGGCGGGUGGGGGUGACCAUGGCCCCCGCUCCCCCCAAAAAAAAUAAAAAUAAAAAAUAAAAAAUCAGAGACCAUCCAGUUUUUAUACUCUUGUACACAUUUAAUUAAAAAGCCUCCCCCCAUGCUGUGGCCCCUAACAUUAAUAUAAUGUGGGUUUUUUUUAACAGAUGGAUGUAAAUUAAUGCUAUUUCAUCUCUGGCUGUAUAUUACAUAAAAAUAUGCUGCAGUACUUUAAUAGAAAAAUAAGAGUAAGUGAUUGACACUUAUCCCAUAGUCGUAGAUGGAGACUAAAGUUAGACAAAUCAUAAUUUAAUUGCUUGAUAGACUAGUUUCUGAUCUUAGGAAUAGUUUUCUCUCAGAAUAAAGUUCUAAAAUUUAGGACAGACAUAACUAAAAUGUUUUUUUUUAAUAGUGAGCAGUAAGAAGAUCAUAUGAUUAAGGAAAAAAAGUAAUAGUUAUCAACAUGUUUUAAUGUGGAUUGCUCAUCUGUGUAUAUGAAUUAUCUGAACACCUUUUUUCCCAAUUUUAUGCAAAUUCAUGCAGCAAUCUGCUUACUAGUCUUAUCUUAUUGUAUGUAGAUAUUGCAUCAUGAAUUAGUGCACCAUAUUUGAUAAUCAUAAAAAGUUGUUCAUGAAGUGUACAUACUUGUAUGCAAUUUCAAUCACUGGCAUUUUAUCAUGCUUGUUAGACUCAUACUAUCGAGAUAUUCUGAUUCAUGAAACCUUAUACAAAAAAAUAUCAAGCAUGUUCAUAGAGCCUGCCUAUCUUCUAUAGGCUUAUGUACACUACAUCACACGUUAGAACAAUAAAACAGACUUGCAAUUCUCUGUUUACAUAACACCCUUGUCAGAUAGUAUUUGAAGAAAAAAAAAGAAACUCUUUUGACAGAUCAUUUUCUGUAUUAUUCAUUUAUGAUUCACAUCAUGUGAUAUUGGUAUUGUGAUCAUUCAACAUCAAUUGUGUUUGAAGAAGAGAGAAUUGUACCGUCGUACAAUUGUACAAUUGUACAUGUAGGAAAGUAUUGAAUUGAUCAAUGUUGAUAUGCUAUUGUACUGAAUCUAAACAUUGAUGCAUCAUUUAGCCCAAAUUAUCCUGUUAAAUGAGUAUGUUGCAUGUAGAUCACUAUGAGUUGGCAUAUGUUUUGAAGUUCACCCUACUCUGGUUGGGGAUAUAAUCUGUAGAUUUUGUUGAUAAUAUAGUCUGGCUGUAGUGUAUUUCAAACUAAACUGUAGUACAUGUAGAAUAAUAGGAAAUCAACAUUUGCUUAUACUGUAUGUGUAUGGAUGCUCUCAUUAUAUCUGCACGGUUAAUUCUAAAGUAGGCCAAGUAGAUUUAUAGGCUGAUGUAUGUGACAAUUCUUGCUCUUAUUAUUACUAUCACUAUUAGUAUUAUUAUUAAUCUAUUUAUGCUAUUUGUAUACAAAUUUGUAAUAUGUGAAUACCAUAUGGACCAACUUUUUGUAUUUUUAUAAGCCAUUGCGAUCAGCAAGGUUUUGUAUUUUUUCUUCUUGCGCAUAUCACUUGUGGGCUAAUAGGCCGAUUUGGCUGAAUUAUUUCAUUUAAUGUGUAAACCUUGUACAAUUUAUGUUUGCCUUGUUGAUUUUUAAGGAAAUUAAAAUAUUUGGCAAUACUUGCAAA